AAUUCCGUCUGAAUUGACCUGAAUAAUGAUUAGAGGGCAAAAUGACGAUUUCACGUGGGUCGAAAAUCAGAAAGCCGAUGAAAUAGAGACACGGCGAAGGAUAAUAGAGAAAAGUGCCGAAAAGAAGCGAAGAUUACGUCAACAGCACAUUGAACGCAAAGAAGCAUUAGAAGCGGAAAAACUACAAUAUGCCAAGGCAGCUGGUGAUGCAAAAAUUCGACAGCUUAAACGCACGCAGCGACUAGUCGAGGAGCUUGCACGUCGCAAACGUAAAAGCGCAAUUUUCCUUUAACUCGUUGUUAGACUGUUGGUGUAUAUGCAUUCAUGGAAAAUUAGAAGCUGCAAAGAUGCGCAUAAUGCAUAUAAUAUGCAAACAUAUACAAAAUAUGCAAAGUACAAUACUCUCUAUAAUGUUUUAUGUUUAAUGAUUAUUAUGACCAUAACGUCUAUGUGUUUGUAAUUAUAUCCAUAAAAAUAUGAAUUUGCAUAAAUAGCCGCAGUCUAUUAAUUCUAAAUUUACUUACUGUGCACCUAUUGAUAUAAUACAGAUAUCGAACUGCAAGAGUCAUUAAAGAGUAGAAAGAUAAGAUCUGCUGUUCCAUCUGUAUGUAACGAAGCAUUGGAGAAGAAACACGCAGAAUUAAUAGAAAAGAAGACUCAGGAUGAAGAGAUACAAACUUCUAACCUGUCCAGCCCAUGGGACGUGGAAGAAGAUUUUGAGACGAAGCAGCGGCAGAAGAAAUUAAGUUACAGAAGAGAUCUGCAGAACCAACUUCUAGAUAAUCGACGGAAACUGCGCGAGAAAGAAGAGGAGAAGCAUCGCGAGCGAAAAAUAAUGGAAGAAGUUGACGAGACGAUGCACCAAGAAAAUUUGGAAGCGGAGAAGAGAAAGAAAGAAAUAGCUGCUUUGAUGGAGGCCGAGAAGGAUGCUUUUUUAAAAGCUCGACGAUUUUGGAAAGAGAAGAGGAGGGAGGUUCUGAAGCAGGAACACGACGAGAUUUUGCGAAUCAUCGCUAAAAGGGAGGCUUUGCAAAAGAGGGAAGCUGAAGGAAAGGCUGAUACUCAGGCAGCUAAGGACGCUAUGUUAGAAAAGAUGAUGAGUAAAUUGAUGGAAGAAGAGCAUAAACGAAUAGAACGAGAAGAAAUUUCCAGGGAAUUGUAUUUGGUAGAGAAAGAACGCAAACUGGCGGAUGAAGCGAUUAAACUGGCGAUGGAAAAGAAACGUACUGCGAGACAACAACUAGAAGAGAUGGCAAAAACUCAGAGAGCUAUGGCUGAAAGGAAAGCGAAAGAAAAUGCGAUCGACGCUGCUUUCGCUAAGUAUUUGGCAGAUGAACGAAAGAAACAGGAGGAAAAGGAAGGUGAGAAGGAGCAAGCGCGACGCGAAAAAGUUGUCCAAUAUGGAAACGAAUUGCGCGAGGCUAUAGAGCAAAAUAAAAUGCAACGUUCGAAGGAUGCAGGGAAGAUAAAGCGUGAAGUUAAUAUUAACGAAAUUAAGUGCCAUUCGGAAUCUAACUCGGAAGCAGUGAAAUUUCAGCAGGCGAAGAACGAUGUACUUUAAAUAGAAAGACCGAAGAUGAAAUUAAAUUUUUAAUUCUACAGCUAUUUAUUGGUAUACAGAUAUAUACAAUGAUGCGCGAAAACCAUCGCUCUCGCGGUUCUUGCGGCUCUCGUCAUUUAUACAAAGUCCGUGUAAAAAUACAGCAGCCCCAUCUUAUAUUGGAUAUUAAGUACGUGAUAAAUUAACAGUCUCGCCUCGGGCGUG